AUGUCAGCUCUCAUUAUCCGCACCGCUCCCGUCACAAGAGCCAUCGCUAUCUCCUUUCGAACCACCAGCGCUGCAGUCUUCUCCACCUCAGCCAGGCGGCAGGAUAAAGGCCCCAUCGAGGCCACCAAGGAAACAUUGAGGAAGGCAGACCGAUUGGUUUCAGAUGCUGCUCUGAAGGGAAUUGAGAAAGGUCAAAUGGCAAGCCACAAAAUCAAGGAUGCAAUCGGUGUCAAAUCAAAAAAGGUUGAGGGUGAGGCGAAGAAGGUUGCAAGAGACGUGGAAGACAAGGCUGGCUCCCUCAAAGACGAGGCAGAAGACAAGGCAGCCUAUCUCAAAGAGAAGGCGAAAGAGGAAGCGGAAGAGUGGACAGGUAAAGCAUAA